GUUUUAUCCCUUUCCUCCUGGAGUUGAGGGCUGUCAUAGGCUGGAUGUGGACUGACACAGCACUCAGUCUGUCCAACUGGAUAUGCCUGGAGGACAUAUAUGCCAAUAUCUUCAUCAUGAAAUGCUGGCAAGAGUCUGAGAAGAAAUACCCCCAGCCUCCAGGGCGGAAGAAGAAGAAGGUUGUGAAAUAUGGAGUAGGGGGUGUCAUCACAUUCGCUUUAGUCUUCCUCAUGUGGUUCCCCCUGGUUUUCAUGUCCCUGUUGAAGACAGUGGGUGGAGUAACAAACCAGCCCUUGGAUGUGUCUGUCAAGAUCGCCAUCAAUGGUUACGAGACCUUAUUCACUAUGAGCUCCCAGCAGCAGAACCUGGUCCCUUUCUCAGAUGCGGCCUAUGACCAGCUGACCCAACAAUAUGCCCUUCAUUCUUCUGCCAUGCAGUUCCUAGCAAGCUACAGACCAGAAGACAUCGUUCUUGUCAAGAUCAAAAGUCAUGCCAGUCUGCUGUGGGGCAUCAGUCCUGCCAACCGAGCAGCAAUGGUCAGGGAGCUAGCCAAUGCCACUACCAUCUAUAUCACCACGUCCUGGACCAUUCAGAGGAACGUCUCUCUGGUGGAGAAUGUGGAAGCAUCCGGCAAGUACACUGUGUAUUACACAGACACAAAGACGCGAGACCACCUGGUCCAAAUGCUGACUCACGCCAGGAGAGAGCCCGUAAUGCUCCCUGCGCUGAUCCCCAAAGCACUCAAAACCACAGCAGGUACUGAAGCGAAGAUAGCCAAACAGUUGAAAGUGGCCCAUUCCCACAGACCCCAGGACGUGGACAAACUGGCCUUCUUCCGCAAUGCCACGGUGCGCCUACAGGAACUGAAGCCGGCAGAUGCCCCUGCAGCCAGCCUGGCAGCUGAGUGGUGGGUGGUCCAGGAAUGGUGGCCAGGCUGUAACCAGGGCCGGGGCUGUAGCCGAGACCUGGAGCUGAUUGUCUACAAUGACAAAGUGAGCCCCCAGAGUCUGGGCUUCCUGGCAGGAUAUGGCAUUGUAGGACUCUAUGUGUCCGUGGUGAUGGUGGCGGCCAAGUUCAUCCGGGAGCACUUCCUGGGCAUCUCCCGCUCCAUCAUGUACGAAGAGCUGCCUAGCGUAGACCGCGUAUUCAGACUCUGCACUGACAUCUUUCUGGUCCGUGAGCUGGGGGAGCUGGAACUGGAGCAGCAACUCUUUGCCAAACUCAUCUUCCUGUACCGCUCGCCAGAAACCAUGAUCAAGUGGACCCGCGAGUGCCCACCUGCCCCCCGCCGCACCCCACCCCCUGACUCUGUUUCUGGGGCUGCAGAGGAGCCAGUGGAGGUGGUCAGCAUGGCCUAGAGCCCUUUGACUUUCACGAUGUUUCGACUUAACAUUAUCUGACCCCAGCCUUCUGAUCCUGGGCACACAAGCCAUCCCUGAGCAUGCAGCUGGUCCCCAGCUGGGUCCCUUGCCCUGAGGUCACCUUUGUGCCCUCAUAAGGAAAACUCAGCUUGUCCCAUUCCUUGACCUUGCAUUCUGCAGCCCCUUGGCAGGGAGGAUUGGACAGUGCCAGCUGCCUAGAGAAGGAGCCCGAGCACCUCGGUGACCUCUGCCUCCUCCAGGGCAUCCAGAGGGAAGCUGGGGAGAGUUGCCUAAUGCAGGCCAUUAAGCAAGGUAAUGACCCAUGAAGCCUCCUGGCCCCUCUGGCUGUGCCUCCCCUGGGCUCGUGGAGCCCACUGUCUUCUGCUCAUUUGGCUGCUUCCCUCUCCCCCCAGCCUUGUGACCACUGUUUUUGUUAAUGUGUCAGGCUGUGGUUUUCCCAGAUGGAGUUGGGGCCUCAGAACCACCUUUUGCCUUCCGGGUCCACCCAGCAUUGUGAACACAACAAGUAGUUAAUAAAUAUUCACUUGAGAUCAAGCC